UAUCCGCCAUGAUGGAUGGCAACAAGAUGUAAACAAAUGUAAAAAUGGUAAAAAGCUGUUGCGCACCAUACUGUAAAAACAGAAAAAUUAAAGGUAGCACAAUUUCUAUUCAUAGGUUUCCGAAAGAAGAAGAGCGCAGAAAGUUAUGGAUUGCUCUUUUAAACAGAAAGAUUUUGCCGCAUUUGGAGUUUGCUUACAUUUGCGGUGAAUAUUUUAUUACUGGAAAAAAAAAUGAUGAUAAAAAUCAUGCUGACUUUGUUUCUUCCAUUAAAAAAGUUAACAAAAACAAUAAAGGUAUACCUAUUGAGUUUAAUGACAUUUCAUGUUAUUCAUCAAAAAAUAUAUAUUCAGAAAGAUCAAAUCAUUUAAAGAAGAGCAAUGCUGAAAAAGUGCUUAUUGAAGAAAAUAGUAUUAACAGUUGUUUGCAAAAAGAAAUUGUAAGAGAAUCCAAAACUGUCAAAAUUAUAAGGGAGAUAAGAGAAGAAAACGAGAAGUUAAAAAACUCAGUUAAAAAAGUAAAAGAAAAUUCAAUUUUAUACAUGUCUUCCUGAUAUACAUUUUUUUAAACACGUUUUUAACUAAUUGAAAACCAUGUGCCAGCUAAUAAUUCUUUAACUAUGACAAAGUUGCAAGAAUUUUGUAUUGUUUUAAUGAAACUGUAUCAAAAUUUGCAGGAACAAGAUAUAGCGUACAGAUUUGGUAUAAGUCAACCAACCAUAUCAUGAAUCUUUGAGAAAUGGCUUCUUAUAAUGGCACGCAAACUAUUCUUUUUGAUAAAGUGGCUAGAGAGAGAUAUAUUAAGGAGAACAAUGCCAGUUUGUUUUCAAUAAUUUUUUCCUAAAUGUGUUGUAAUUAUUGACUGCUUUGAGAUUUUUAUUGAAAAACCAAAAGAUCUGACAGCUAGAGCUCAAACUUUUUCUAAAUAUAAACACCAUAAUACUGUUAAAGUUUUAAUUGGCAUUACUCCACAAGGCUCAAUAUCAUUUGUUUCAGAAGCUUGGGUUGGAAGAGUAUCUGACGUUUAUAUUACAGAAAAUUCUGGAAUAUUAAAUAAUCUACUUAUUGGUGAUCAGGUUUUAGCAGACAGAGGUUUUACCAUUGCAGAUUCUGUUGGUUUAUAUUGUGUGGAAUUAGAUCUUCCUGCUUUUACAAGAGGAAAGUUUCAGCUAUCUCAAAUAGAAGUUGAUUGGACGCGAGAGAUUGCCUGUGUACGAAUACACGUUGAAUGUUUAAUUGGGCUUCUUAGAAAUAAAUAAAUUAUUCAAACAGAUGAUGGAAUAUGUAAACUAAAUGAUAUUUUAACUGUUUGCUCUGCUUUAUGUAACCUUUGUUGUGGAGUAGUCCCUAUUGAUUGACUUUUAUUUUAAUAUAUAAAAAUACAUAUAUGUAGUAUUAUGUUUAUUUAUAACUUUUUUUUUUGAUUCUGGUUUUCUUGUGGCAACAUUAUGGGCAAAACUUUUUCCCAAUUGGUUUACUUGUGAGUCCAAGACAAUUAAGAUGAUAGGUUUUUAUAACAUAAGUUAAAUCAAAAAAUUUAAUUAUAAUACUCUCUUUAAUUUUUUACCGCAUAUUGUUUCAAAAUUGUUACUUUGUUUUAAUGCCCCAAUAUUUACAAAAGUAUUAUGACUUCUAGAAUACCAUUUGGCAAGGAGUUCAGGCAAUAUCGCUAAAAUAAAAAAUUCUUUGUUUAAGUUUUCAGUGAGGAAUUCUUUAUCAACAUCAAUUUUUUCAAUUAGACUGGCUUCACUAUCAUACUCAAUAAAAUAACAAAUCAGAAUAUUUGAAAUUAACAUUUGUAGCUGAACUUGAUAAUAAUAUUGAUGAGUUCUUUUUAAAUUAUGUUUUCCGUCUUUUAUUUCCAUGCAAAACU